AUAAAUGUCCUCUUCCCCAAGGAAAUUGGAAAAGCCUUUCAAAUUAUUUUUAGGACUCAAAAUAGUCAAUAAAAAUGAUCUGAUAUUAGGCUGUUUGAGAAUCAUUCCGUCGUUAGAUUUUGUAUUCACACUCUUAAUUGAUUGUGUCUGGAGAGGAGAAGGAAGCAAUAGAGAUGGCGGAGGCAGAGCAACGAAAGCAGAUUCCAUGGAUGAGUUCAGAGCAGCGUUCAAGAGUCGAAAUUGACAGGCACGAUUUGAUAAUCACGGAACCGAUGGUAACGGACAGAGUUGAGAUCGAAGUCGGUGCUCCUGAGGAUCAGCAAGAUAAUACUACUACCGAUUCGAAUCUAGGGAUCGGAGAGCGUGCUUUCUCUGCUGCCGGUGCUGCUGUUUUAUCUGCCAUCAUCGUUAAUCCGCUCGAUGUUGUCAAGACAAGGUUGCAAGCUCAGGCUGCGGGGGUACAUUAUUCGCAUCCGCUGAGUAAUCUUAUCGGUCGAAUGACAUAUUUUGGACCAAACACGAUGUUUGCUGAUUUGAGAUGUUCACCGUCAUGUACUCGUGCUGGUGUCCAUGGAACUGUAUCAAUUUGUCCUCCUGAUUGUUUUCAGUACAAAGGAACAUUAGAUGUCUUCAACAAGAUUAUACGUCAGGAGGGGUUUGCAAGAUUGUGGAGAGGGACUAAUGCUGGUUUGGCUUUGGCUGUACCAACAGUGGGAAUCUAUUUACCUUGCUAUGACAUGUUCCGCAACUGGAUGGAGGGGGUUGCAGAACAAUAUAUGCCUGGUGCAACACCAUAUGCCCCUUUGGUUGCUGGUUCUUUGUCAAGGUCAUUAGCUUGUGCGACAUGUUACCCUAUUGAACUUGCUAGAACACGCAUGCAGGCAUUUAAAGACACUCAAAUUGGAAAGAAGCUGCCUGGAGUUUUUAAUACCCUUGUAGGAGUCCUGUCUGAUGUGAAGGGCAGAAACCCUCAGAGCAGUUGUAAGUUAAUCUCAACUGUACCUGUUUCUGUGCAAGGGUAUCGCGUCUUAUGGACAGGCAUGGGAGCACAACUUGCUCGUGAUGUUCCUUUCUCUGGAAUUUGCUGGUCAACCCUUGAGCCUAUGAGGAGAAAACUUCUGGGUUUGGUGGGGGAAGAAUCCAAUGUAUUGACUGUUCUUGGGGCAAAUUUUACUGCUGGGUUUUUUGCUGGAGGGUAUGUUGAC